AUGUCGACCCCUGGUUCAGCCAGCCGUCGCGGCCGCCCAGCUAGAAACUCCGCAGCUUCAACUCCUACCGACGCCAGCGCCUCCAAUCCUCAACCCCAAAGCAGCCCUUCCUCUGCAGCAAACAGAGGCCAUCAACUACAGAAUAACUUGCAAAGUUCUCCACGGACAUCAAGAUGGUUGAGAGAGGCCAAUGUUCCCGUUUCAUCCCCUUUAUUCUUUCGAUCAUCCUCCCCUCCUCAGCCGCAAGGUCAUUCUCUUUCUUCAGAUGCAAGAAUGGAACCCAGUUCCCCGAUUAGAGAGGCACCAAAUGCUGGUGAUGGGGACAGAACACCCAUAGCAAAUGCUCGUCCAAUUGUUGGAGACUCUUCUCCAAUUCGCUACAUGUCCAGCUCAAGCCCACCUCGUGCAAUUAACCACCAGAGUCGCACGGCUGAUAUCCAUAGUAGUAGCAGUGGCAUUUUUGUCCGGUCUUCCCAAUCCAUCCGAUCAACAGGAGUCCCCAACGUAUCCACAAGAAGAGGUGCUAUUCACUCCGAUGCAUUUGCCUCCUCCUCAGGCCACCGCAGACAAGUAUUCGUCGAUGAGAAUGGCAUACCAGUUCGCGAGGGAGAACCUCAUUCCGAUGCUACAUUUUCAAAUAUACAGCCAGAUACUUCCGAAGCGGACGCCCUGGGUGGAAGCUCUACGCGCAUCAUUUGGGGUACCAAUAUCUCCAUCCAGGACUCAAUGGCCGCGUUCAAGAAUUUCCUGUACAACUACGCUAAGAAAUAUCGCAUGUGGGCUGACGGCGCUUCUGAGGAAGAAACCCGUGCCAUGGGUGCUGCGGCUGAAGAAAAGGAAUACAUCAAGAUGCUGAAUGACAUGCGUCAGCUGGGCGUAACGGGAUUGAAUCUUGAUAUUCGCAACCUGAAGGCUUACCCGUCAACGCUCAAGCUUUGGCAUCAGGUCCAAGCAUACCCGCAGGAAAUAAUUCCUAUUAUGGAUCAAACUGUGAAGGAUGUCAUGAUUGAGCUGGCAUUGAAGGAAAUGGAAGCUCUUAGAGCACACGCUAGUCAGAGACGCCAACCCAGAGCAAGAGACAGUAGUUCAGUUCCCCCUGCUCCCAGCUCUGAAAUUGGAAAUGGGAUGGCACAGGUUCAACAGUCUGAAGUGCCGAAUUUGCUGGCGGAUGUUGAAAGCAAGACUUACAAGGUGUUACCCUUUGGGAUGCAUAAAACAGUCAACAUGAGAGACUUGGAUCCUGCAGACAUGGAUAAACUCAUUAGUAUCAAGGGUCUCGUUAUUCGAGCAACCCCUGUCAUUCCAGAUAUGAAGGAAGCGUUUUUCCGUUGCGAGGCUUGUCACUUCAGCGUUGCUGUCGAUAUCGACCGCGGCAAAAUUACGGAACCUACCAAAUGUCCACGGGAAAUUUGCGGGAUGCCCAACUCCAUGCAACUCAUCCACAACCGGUCGACCUUUGCUGAUAAGCAGGUCAUUAAACUCCAGGAAACACCCGACUCAAUCCCUGACGGACAAACACCUCACUCGGUCUCGCUCUGUGCCUAUGACGAACUGGUAGACGUUUGCAAGGCUGGUGAUAGAGUUGUGGUUACUGGUAUAUUCCGCUGCAAUCCUGUUCGGGUUAAUCCACGCCAACGAACAACCAAAUCUCUAUUCAAGACUUAUGUGGAUGUGCUCCAUGUGCAGAAAACUGACCGCAAGAAACUUGGUGUCGAUACCAUGACCGUGGAGCAAGAGCUUUCCGAGCAGAUUGCAGGAGACGUGGAGCAUGUUAGGAAAGUCACCGCGGAAGAGGAGGCAAAAAUCAAAGAAACUGCUCGGAGACCUGAUAUCUACGAGCUUCUUUCACGGUCUCUAGCACCGAGUAUUUAUGAGAUGGAGGACGUGAAAAAGGGAAUUCUGCUGCAACUGUUUGGCGGGACAAAUAAGAUCUUUGAAAAGGGUGGCAACCCGCGAUACCGUGGUGACAUCAAUGUUCUUCUCUGUGGAGAUCCCUCGACGUCGAAAUCUCAACUACUACAGUAUGUGCAUAAGAUCGCACCACGGGGUGUGUAUACGAGCGGCAAAGGCUCGUCCGCUGUCGGUCUCACAGCAUACGUGACCCGUGAUCCCGACUCGAGACAACUAGUCCUCGAGUCCGGCGCCCUCGUCCUCUCCGACGGGGGUGUCUGUUGCAUCGACGAAUUUGACAAGAUGAACGAUUCAACUCGUUCCGUUCUGCAUGAAGUGAUGGAACAGCAGACCGUCUCCAUUGCCAAAGCGGGAAUCAUCACGACACUGAAUGCGCGCACGAGUAUCCUGGCUUCAGCCAACCCUAUUGGAAGCAAAUAUAACCCCAACCUCCCCGUGCCACAGAACAUCGACCUGCCCCCGACAUUGCUUUCUCGGUUUGAUUUAGUAUACCUUGUUCUGGACCGGAUUGACGAGCAGAACGACCGUCGACUGGCCAAGCAUUUAGUAGGAAUGUAUCUUGAAGAUACCCCUGAAAGUGGUAGUAGUGAGGAGAUUCUUCCCAUCGAAUUCCUAACAGCCUACAUAACAUACGCCAAAACAAACAUAAACCCAACCCUAACCCCGGAAGCCAGCACAGCCCUCGUAAACGCCUACGUCGCCAUGCGCAAACUAGGCGACGACAUCCGGUCCGCUGACAGACGCAUAACAGCCACAACCCGGCAGCUCGAAUCCAUGAUCCGCCUCGCAGAAGCACACGCCCGCAUGCGCCUAUCCAGCGAAGUCCACGCCAGCGACGUCGAGGAAGCUGUUCGUCUGAUCCGAUCGGCGCUCAAGCAGGCAGCCACGGAUGCGCGGACAGGGCUGAUUGAUAUGAGCCUGUUGACGGAGGGGACAAGUGCGAGUGAGAGGAGGCUCCGGGAAGAUUUGAAGAGGGAGGUGCUGCGGGUUGUGGAGGAGUUGGGUGGGGGGAGCGGGGGAGUGGGGGUGAGGUGGUCGGAGGUAUUGAGGAGGGUGGGGGAGGGAAGUAGUAUGGAGGUUGAUGGGAUGGCGUUUGCGGGGGCGGUGAAGGGGUUGGAGGGCGAGGGGAAGUCACGUGGUGGUGGCUUAGUCACAAGAUUUGAUUGGCGAGACAUCUGCAGAGCUUGUUAUUAUGUAUGGCAAGUCAGAUUUUGCAGGCGGAGUUUUUGUGUUGGUAGGUGUUAUUUCUCCCUCUGGUUCCUCUCCUACGACGACCUCAAAGCCGCCCUCAAAACCCCCUUCGAAACCCUCCCGUCCCCGGAAAACCCAAAGCCAAAACGCAGGCCAUGGACCGAGGAGGACGAAAGGCGCUUCGUCGCCCUGCUCGAGAGCGAGCUGGAUAAAGUGUUCACCUUCCAGAAGUUGAAGAGCGAUGAGAUUGUCGCGCGGAUCAUGCAGAGUGAGAAGGAGGUUUAUGCGGUGGUGGCUACGUUGGGGUCUGCGGCUGCUGCGGCUGCUGCGGCUGCGGUUGUUGGGAGUUCUGCUGGUUCUGGGACUGGCAGUGCUGGUGCUGGUGCUGGUGCCGGUGCUGGUGCUGUUGGGGGUGGUAACAGCGAGCGACCAACUGAUGAGGAUUUUCAAUUGCUCGAAGAGGAUCUCAGUGAUAUUAUUGCCGAUGUGCAUGAUUUGGCAAAGUAUGUCCAGCUGAAUUAUACGGGGUUUCAGAAGAUUAUCAAGAAACAUGAUAAACAAACGCAAUGGCACCUCAAACCCGUAUUUGCAGCACGAUUAAAUGCGAAGCCCUUCUUUAAGGACAAUUACGAUGCGUUCGUAGUCAAGCUAUCCAAGCUUUAUGAUCUGGUUAGGAACAAAGGCCACCCUGUCAGCGGGGACAGUUCUGCGGGCGGCUCGCAGCAGAAUUUCGUGCGCGAGACGACCAAGUACUGGGUGCACCCGGAUAACAUUACAGAGUUGAAACUUAUUAUAUUGAAGCAUCUCCCCGUUUUGGUUUUUAAUCCUAGAAAAGAGUUUGAUGAACAAGACGCUGCCAUUUCAUCCAUAUAUUACGACAAUCCCCAGACUUGGGAGCUGUAUACAGGACGACUCAAAAAGACCGAAGGUGCAGAAGCUAUUCGAUUGCGAUGGUAUGGCGGCAUGGAAAACGAUCAGAUUUUUGUGGAGAGGAAGACCCAUCGAGAGGACUGGACGGGGGAGAAGUCCGUAAAAGCGAGAUUCCCAAUUAAAGAGAAAUAUGUCAACGCGUUCAUGUCCGGGCGAAUGACUGUUGAAAAGAUUUUUGAGAAGGCUAGGAAGGAUGGGAAGAGAAGUGAGCAGCAAAUAGCUGAUUGGAAACAGCUUGCGAGGGAGAUACAAUAUCGUGUCAUCACGCGAAAGCUGGAGCCAGUUACGAGGACUUUUUAUCACAGAACUGCAUUCCAGCUUCCUGGAGAUGCUCGAGUACGCAUAUCGUUGGAUACGGAGCUGACUAUGAUUCGAGAGGAUAAUCUGGAUGGUCGCAGGCGGUCUGGUGAUAACUGGCGGCGAAUGGAUAUCGGGAUCGAUUAUCCCUUUCGCCAAUUACCAGCAGAAGAUGUCGAGAGAUUCGCCUAUGCGGUUUUGGAAGUGAAACUACAAACGCAGGCGGGACAGGAACCUCCAAAAUGGAUUCGGGAGUUGACAGCGAGCCACCUGGUUGAGGCUGUCCCCAAAUUCAGCAAAUUCAUUCAUGGAACCGCAAAUCUAUUCCCGGAUUACAUCAACCUUCUCCCCUUCUGGAUGCCACAAAUGGACGUGGAUAUACGCAAGCCGGUCACGCGCGGUUUCGGAAUCGAACGACCAACCCAAACCAGCCAGACGACAAGUGAGGGCCCGCUUGACGAUGACGAGUCCGAUGACGAAGCAGAUAAUGAAACCCCAGCAGAGCACGAUCAACAAAACCUAGAGCCCUUGAUCAACGGAAUUCGUCAAAACGGCCACUCCCCCCAUCACGACAACAACAACGACAGCGUCAACGCCAAGAUAACCCAUUACGACACUUCCCAGGAUCCCAACAUCCCCGAAGCCACUGGAAACGCCCUCGACAUCGAAGAACGCAUCGCUACCCAACAAAGAAUGAUCGGAGGCGACGACUACCCCAUAUACGACUCCGAAGACGAAUCUAACGACCAAGACGACCUCGAGGAGGCCAGGAGAGUUGGCGGCCUGCACUACAAGGUUAAGUUGGCGAAACACUACACGCGUGCAGCGGGGCGGUCGGCUUUGAAUGCGUUGAAGUCUGUUGCGCCCAUGCCAAGGCCUACAGCUAUACCAAAUGACGGUGGGACUGGGAGGGGGAGAAUAAUUCCGGCGGACCAGGCGCAGAUUAAAUGUUUUAAGGCACCGAAGGGGAAACGAAUCCACGUCCCCGUCCGUGUCGAGCCAAAAGUCUACUUCGCCGCCGAACGCACAUUCCUCUCCUGGCUCGAAUUCUCCAUCAUCCUCGGCUCCAUCGCGGCCGCCCUGCUAAACUUCAGCACCGACACAGUCACCCUCGCCAGCUCGUGGGCCUUCACUAUUCUGGCGUGUUUGUCACUUGUGUAUAGCUUUUUGCUGUAUAUGUGGCGCGUUGAUAUUAUUCGGAAGAGGAGGGAUGUUAGGCGUGUUUAUCAUGAGAAGUGGGGGCCGACAGUGCUUUGUGUUGGGUUGUUUGUGGCGGUUUGUGUGAAUUUUGGGUUGAGGGCUAGGGAGGGGUGGGCCAAGUAA